CUGUAUCCAAACAGGGUUUUCAAUUGGCUCCUUCAACAACACUCAAAUCGCAGAGAAGAAGAAUCCAGAUUCUUCUCUUUCUCUUCAAUGGCGAAACUUACGACGGACUCUCCUCUCUGCCGGCAAAUUGUCAGUUCUUUCUUAGAUUUUCUAAAUUCCGUUGAGGUUGCUCAAGGUGUUGAUGAAGAAGGUCUUGAGGUUGCUAGAGAAUGUUUAGGAGAAGCUUUUAAAGUUAAUUCAGAUUCUUCGAGAGAUGAUAGCUUGAAACCCAUUUCACUUGUUAAUUUGUUCACUUCAUUGGACAAAAAUGAACCUCAAGAAACCAUACGACCACCACCACCUGUUGUUGCUACUCAGGAUCCUAGUUCCUCCUCUGGUCCUGACUUUUCGGGUUCUCAUGACUCCGUUGAUACGAGUAAAGAACCUGUUUUUACUGGGACUUCUAGAGAUGAACUCUUUGGUCAACUCUUUGGUGCGCUUGAGAAAGUACGGUAUUUCAGGAAUACACCUGACGGAGAUGAUGAUCCUGCUCAGCUGGAAAAAUCUACUAGGAUAUUUCAUGAUGCUGUCAAUGAAAUGGAAAAGUCUGGAUGCCAGACGUUUGAUGUGAAAACCUUGGCAGAAACACUCAAGUGCCAAGGUAACAAGGCUAUGCAGUCCAAUCUUUAUCUGGAGGCAAUCGAGCUGUAUUCUUUUGCAAUUGCACUGACGGAUAAGAACGCUGUUUUCUACUGCAACAGGGCCGCUGCAUAUACCCAGAUCAACAUGUGCUCAGAAGCAAUUAAGGACUGUCUUAAAUCCAUUGAGAUUGAUCCAAAUUAUAGUAAGGCAUACAGUCGUCUUGGGUUAGCAUAUUAUGCUCAAGGAAAGUAUGCCGAGGCUAUCGAGAAAGGGUUUAAGAAAGCUUUGCAGUUGGAUCCGCAUAACGAAUCUGUUAAAGAAAAUAUCAGGGUGGCUGAACAAAAAAUAAGAGAAGAACAACAACGACAGAGACGCAGUCAGCAGAACACGAGCACGGGUUACACUCAAGAACCGGAGAUGGGAGGAGGCCAGGGAAUACCAUCUCAGUUCUCGAUGCCUUUAAACCCCGAUUUGAUGAGCAUGUUCAUGAACAUGGCGGGAAACACAUUCCCAGGAAAUCAUUCUCGCAGUAAUGAGGGAGGAGCAGGAGGAGAUGGUAACAGAAAUGGUGCGGAUGAGCCUGAGAUUCGUGUAGGCGGAAAUAUCAACAUAGAUCUCGGAGGCACAGAGCAAAUGCCGGAAGAUUUAUCAGGUGCAUUACGAUCAAUGAUGCAGAUGUUUGGAGGAUCAAUGGGAGGCACCGGUAACAAUAAUACUCAUGAUACUAAUGGUGCACAAGGAAGACCAUCUGGGAAUUAACCUUGGAAUCAUUGUUUUAUUGGUUUGUGAGUUUGUGCUACAAAAACUUUGUUAGGUUUUGAAUUUGAACAUGUAGUGAAGUAACAUAUUAUAAAAUGAUGAUGGGAGACUAAUAGCUUCUUGUUGAUAAAACCUUUUGCAUUACACUUGAAA